UUGUUUUUAUAGUUCAUGCCAGUCCGUGGCAAUAGACGAACCUCACAAGAGGUUGGCAGAAUUCCUGUAAAUUUAGAUUUUUCUUUUGGAAUUCAGCGUUAUUUUAUAAGCCUCAACCUCGGGUAAUGUGAAAUUCUCCAUUGAUUUUUAACAUUAUUUGAAGCGAAAAAUAUUUGCGUGAACAGUGAUACAUUUACUUGUAAAGUAGCAAAAAAUAUUGUCACCAAUGAUGGCGGUACCUUCAGCCGGUGUAGUUGUUCCAAGGAACUUUCGUUUAUUAGAAGAACUUGAACAGGGACAAAAAGGUGUGGGUGACGGCACGAUAAGUUGGGGCUUAGAAAAUGACGAUGACAUGACUCUCACGCAUUGGACUGGGAUGAUUAUUGGACCACCCAGAACUCCUUACGAAAAUAGAAUGUACAGUUUGAAAAUCGAUUGCGGUGUAAAUUAUCCAGACGAUGCACCUAGUGUAAGAUUUUUGAGCAGAAUUAAUAUGAAUUGCAUCAAUAGUACUACUGGAGCGGUGGAUAAUCGUAGCGUGCCCGUGUUGGCGAAAUGGCAGCGGGAAUAUACUAUCAAGACUGUUCUCCAGGAACUCCGUCGUCUCAUGACCCUUAAGGAAAACAUGAAACUCUCUCAGCCACCCGAAGGCAGCACCUUUUAGCCUAACCACGAACCUCUUUCUUCCUAGUUUGAGGAAAAUAAACUUAUUAAGGUACCAAAUAAUAUUGCACUGGUGCCCGGAGAAGAUGUAUGUUAAGGAAAUACUCACCUUUGCGAGUAAUAAAAAAGGUGGACACUGCUUGGAAGGUCGAAUCUGUACUUUUUCUAUUAUAAUUCAGGGAAAUAUUCCUAUUAAUUGAAAUAGUUUUCCAUCGCGGCCUGGUUCUACCAAUUCGUUAUUAUUUUUUUAAAAAAGAUUUUUUACUUUCACCAUAAAGUUUUUGCACGUUUUUAACACUGAUAGUUUUUUUUUUUUUAAAAGUACGAAUUUCGACGAGACGAAAAUACUGGUUCGACUUAACAAGAUAUAUUUUCAAUUUUGAGAAACUGAAAAAGAAAAUUAACAAUAAUUACGAAAAGAAAGUUACAAAAAUUUGAAUAAUCAGUAAUGUUAACAUUUUGCAAAAAAAGAAAAAAAAUUCAAACUGAAACUUGUCAUCUGUAUUUGUUUUUAUAAUUGUCAGAAUCUUGUCCAAUUACUAUUAUCUAAUUCCAAUUAAUUGUAGAACCAUUCUGUAUAUUUUCCAUGUCUUGACUCGUGUGUCUCGAUAUAUUCCAAAUUACAUUUCGUACAAUAUUGAAAUUGAUCUUUUAUUCUAACUUCUGAGUCACAUCGUCCUUGGGGUCGUAGAGAGAAUAUUUUGCCUUGGAUAUCGAGCGUCAAAAAAAAACGGUGAUUGUCGAUUGACAAAUGACAACGUCCAAGAAAGGCCUUCUGUCUAUCAAGAGAUGAGCAUUGUAGAUGAAAAAUUUUACCCUUUUUUGUAAAUGGUAAAAUAAAUAAAUGCUCAAGUUAUCGAAAAUGUACUCAUUUUUUUUGUGAUUUAUAUAAUUAUUAUGAUAAUCACCGACCAACGGCACAUCAAUAGCGAAGCAUUUCAGCACAUUGAUAGCUUUUUCAUUCCAUUUGUAUGUCUGUUUGGGCACCUUUUUUUUUUUUUUGAAAUAACCGUCAAAUUCUAAAUAGUCGAAUUAAGUUUAUCCUUAUGCUUCAUAAUUGACGUAUCGAUGGCACUAGAUUUAUAGCAAGAUAACACAGAGUACACAAGUAGCUUUGUAAACGUCGUGUAUAUGCUCGAGUUACGCUUUAGUAACGCGACCCAAAAAAAAAAUGAAUUUAUGUAAGUUAACAAUUAUUCCAAUGAACGUUUCAUGCAGUGCAAGGACGAAGUUCCAAUCUUAUGUUACACUUUAGCUAAAAAGAAAAUUAUAAUCGAAUAAAUUAUUUAAAAGAG